CACGCGUAGUGUUUCCUCGUUCUCCGGUUCAGAACCUUUAUACCAUACAUCGUGAGCGAAUAUCAUAGUACUAUUCUCACGAAACAGCUGUGAAAGCGCUAUCAAAUGCAUAACCGCAUGACGGUUCAUGUGAAGUUGAUAACACUUUUUUCGCUACUGAACACUUUGGCCUGAUUAUGCUGCUGCUUCUGUCAGCAUAGAACAAGCAAUUAGUAGGUUCGUGGAUGUCGACGACGAUGUUGGCGAAAGUGCGUGGUGUUCUGUUGAGCUAUACUAAUUCAUCGUAGAAUUUUUGCAACGUGACUGCAGCAUUCCUUUCCUAUCGUCGUGCCGACUGGCUGCAACCAUGUGGAACUAAUUGUGCGGGAACCGCGCGCCAAGCAGUGCGAGACAUUGUGAUUUGUAACGAUCAAGCGAUCGUUGGCCGUGGUACAGUGAGUGAAUCUAUUUAUCUGACAGACGCGGAGACGAAAGUGAUCCGAUAAACGGAAAGAGCUCCAACGAAGUCACCCAAAACACAAAACCACACAAUGGCCAAAGAAACGGAGCAGUCGCUCGAAAUGAGCUCAGUAAGUGCCUCGAAGAUCGAACCACCGAAGCAAACCACCAGCACUGCGUCGGGAAUCGAAUCCACGAGCCUACUGAUGCGCAGCCACAGUGAAACCGAGAUCGACGGCGGCCGGCGGAGCCGCGGUCAGCAAACCCAGACGUACGAUAUCCACAAAGGGAUCGCCGAGAGCGCCAUGGACAUAUCGCUGCUGACGGCCAAUGCCAACCAACUGCGGCUGCUCAUAACUUACAACAACCGCUCCAAGACCUACAUCGCGUGCAUUACGCUGGUGAUCAUCUCGUUGACGCUGCAGGUACUGGUGGCGAGCGGGGUUAUCAUCAUUAAGAGCCAACCGAAAUCGAAACGAAGUCAGCAGAUUGAACGGCUAAAGAUUGCCACUUCUAUAGGCGUGACAAUUAUAACAGUCAUCAACAUCCUGGUAGCAUCGUUGGUAGUAACGGAUGGUCCAACAGUGACUGGAGCAUCUUAGUUUCUCCGCAUAAGGUAUACGGUAUGUGAUACACUUAAUUGUUAUAGCAGAGUACAUAGUUUAAGGACGAAUAAAGCAAUUGUAUCGAUUCGAAUCGGUUCAUCUCCAUUGAACACGAUUCCUAGUGAAGUUACUUCCGAGGCGAAAAUUGAAGAUUCAUCGUUCAUAACAGCAUGCUU